GCUUGGCGCCCGCCAGGCCCCGGCCCGUGUAACGGACUCGCGCUCCCCCCACCGGAAGUGGGCGGUCGCGCUACGGGAGGAGCCGGCGGUAGCGUGGCGGCUGCGGGCUGAGGGCGCGGGGCUGAGGGCGCGGGGCUCGUGCUUCCCUGGACGCACCAUGGCAAAGGCCGCCGGCGUAGUGCGGCUGCUCCUGGGCUUCACGGCGCUCUGGCUCUCGCUGCUCGGAGCCCGGACGGCCUCCGCGUCCAAGGCGGUGACGGCCCACUUGGCCGCCAAGUGGCCCGAGACCCCGCUGCUGCUGGAGGCCAGUGAAUUUAUAGCAGAAGAAAGUAAUGAAAAAUUUUGGCAGUUUUUGGAAACUGUACAAGAAUUAGCAAUUUAUAAGCAAACAGAAUCAGAUUAUUCUUACAACAACUUAAUCCUGAAGAAAGCGGGACAAUUUUUGGACAAUUUACAUAUCAAUCUCUUAAAGUUUGCUUUCUCUAUAAGGGCAUACUCUCCAACUAUACAGAUGUUUCAACAAAUUGCAGCUGAUGAGCCCCCACCAGAUGGCUGCGCUGCAUUUGUGGUUAUCCAUAAGAAACACACCUGUAAAAUUAAUGAGAUUAAAAAGCUGCUGAAGAAGGCUACUUCAAGGCCCAGACCCUAUCUGUUUAAAGGAGAUCACAAAUUUCCUACAGACAAAGAGAAUUUACCAGUGAUUAUUCUCUAUGCAGAAGUGGGUACAAGAGCAUUUCGUAAAUUUCACACAGUGUUGUCUGAAAAAGCUCAAAAUGGGGAAAUUCUUUAUGUUCUUCGGCAUUACAUUCAGAAACCAUCCUCACAGAAAAUGUAUUUAUCUGGCUAUGGUGUGGAGCUAGCAAUUAAGAGUACAGAAUACAAAGCAUUGGAUGAUACUCAAGUCAAAACUGUGACUAAUACUACUGCAGAAGAUGUUACUGAAACAAAUGAAGUUCAAGGAUUUCUCUUUGGGAAAUUAAAAGAAAGAUAUUCAGAUCUUAGAGAUAAUCUGACAACAUUCCAAAAAUACCUGAUUGAGAGUAAUAAAGAAAUGAUGCCUUUGAAAGUCUGGGAACUACAAGAUCUUAGUUUUCAAGCAGCGUCUCAAAUAAUGUCCACUCCAGUUUAUGAUGCCAUAAAAUUAAUGAAAGACAUUUCGCAGAACUUCCCCAUAAAAGCCAGAUCUCUGACCAGAAUUGCUGUAAAUCAGCUUAUGAGGGAGGAAAUACAGGAAAAUCAAAAGCAUCUUCAAGAUAAAUUUGAUAUUCAGCCAGGCGAUGCUGGUCUGUAUAUAAAUGGACUUCGUGUUGAUAUGGAUUCCUAUGAUCCUUUUAGUCUUUUGGAUAUGCUGAAACUGGAAGGAAAAAUGAUGAAUGGCCUUCGCAGUCUUGGGAUCAAAGGAGAGGAUAUGAGCAAGUUUUUAAAAUUAAGUGCACGUAGUUGGGAUGAUACCUAUGCAUUGGAUAUUAGACAUUCUUCUAUCAUGUGGGUUAAUAACUUAGAAACUGAUGAGAUGUAUUUAACGUGGCCUUCAAGUUACCAGGAACUUUUGAAACCAAUAUUCCCUGGAAGUAUACCUUUCAUAAGGCGUAAUUUUCAUAAUUUGGUGCUGUUUAUUGAUCCUGCUCAAGAAUAUACCGUGGAUUUUAUAAAAGUUGCUGAACUUUUCUAUCAUCAUAAAAUUCCUCUUAGAAUUGGUUUUGUGUUCAUUGUUAAUACAGAUGAUGAGGUUGAUGGAAGAAAUGAUGCUGGAGUUGCCCUUUGGCGAGCUUUCAAUUAUAUUGCAGAAGAGAAUGGUGUAUCACAAGCCUUUAUGUCCAUAGUACAUAUGUACCAAAAAGUGGAGAAUCACAAAAUACUCACUGUGAACAAUGUGAAGAGUGUUCUCCAAAAUAAGUUUCCUCUUGCUAAUAUUUGGGAUAUUUUAGGAAUUGAUUCUAAAUAUGAUGGUGAAAGAAAGGCAGGAACAAACUUUUAUAAGAUGACUGGCUUGGGUCCUUUGCCUCAAGCUCUUUAUAAUGGUGAAUCCUUUCAUCGUGAAGAGCUGAAUUUUAAGGAAUUAGAAAUGGCUCUUCUUCACAGAAUGAUGGAUACAACUGCGUAUUUACAAAAGGAAGUUUUUAUGGGUGCAUUAAAUGAUCGAAUAAAUGCAGUUGACUUCCUAAUGGGUAAAAAUAAUGUUGUGCCCCGUAUAAAUCCUUUGAUUUUGCACAAUAAAUGGCAGUACCUUAAUUUGAUAUCUACAUCAGUAACUGCUGAUGUUGAAGAUUUCUCUACUUUCUUCUUCUUGGAUACACAAGAUAAGAGUGCUGUAAUUGCAGAGAACAUGUACUAUGUAACUGAAGGAGAUGAUUAUGUAAUUUCUUCAGUUACUUUCUGGAUUGUUGCUGAUUUUGAUAAGCCAUCUGGGAGAAAACUGCUUUUUAAUGCAUUAAAUCACAUGAAAAGAAGUGGUCAUAGUCGGUUGGGGGUUAUUUAUAAUCCUACAUCAAAAAUAGAUGAAGAAAACACAACUAUUUCUAGAGGAAUUCUGGCAGCUUUUCUUACACUGAAAAACAGCUUUUUGAGAAACUUUCUCAGGAAACUGGCGGAAGAAAAAACUGCUGCAGCUAUUUACUCUGGAAAUAAAAUUAAAACAUUGCUUACUGAGGGGAUGGAUAAAAAUGCCUUUGAGAAAAAAUAUAAUACCAUUGGAGUGAAUAUUUUUCGAACUCACCAGUUGUUCUGCCGAGAUGUACUUAAAUUGAGUCCCGGAGAAAAUGGUGUUGUCAGCAAUGGGAGGUUCUUAGGGCCUGUAGGUGAAGACUUCUAUGCAGAAGAUUUUUACUUGUUGGAAAAGAUAACAUUUACUAAGUUAGUAGAGAACAUUGAAGACAUUGUUGAAAAUAUAGAAAUGAACUCAAAGAACUUGAGUGACCUUGUUAUGAAAAUUGAUGCUCUUGUUUCCUCUUUGCCUAAACGUGCCUCUCGGUAUGACAUCACAUUUCUUAAGGAGAGUCGCAGCAUUAUAAAGAUAAAUUCUGUAGAGAAUGAUAUGUCCUUUGAUGUCGUUGCUAUUGUUGAUCCAUUGACAAGAGAAGCACAGAAGAUGGCACAGUUAUUAAUUGUCCUUGGCAAGAUUAUCAACAUGAAGUUAAAGUUGUUCAUGAACUGCAGGAGUAAACUUUCAGAAGCCCCUUUAACGAGUUUUUACCGUUUUGUUCUGGAACCAGAACUGAUGUUAACAGCUAAUGAUAUUACUGGACCAGUGGCAAAAUUCUUGGAUAUCCCUGAAUCACCUCUUCUAACCCUCAAUAUGAUCACUCCUGAAAGCUGGUUGGUUGAAAUAGUACAUAGCAACUGUGACCUUGACAAUAUUCAUUUAAAAGAUAUUGAGAAAGCUGUCACAGCAGAAUACGAACUAGAAUAUCUACUACUAGAAGGACACUGCUUUGACUUAACAACAGACCAACCUCCUCGGGGUCUGCAGUUUACGCUGGGCACAAAAAAUAAACCUGUUGUGGUAGAUACGAUAGUGAUGGCCAAUCUCGGAUAUUUUCAAUUAAAAGCAAACCCAGGUGCUUGGAUACUGAAAUUACGCCAAGGAAGAUCUGAAGAUAUUUAUCAAAUAGUUGGGCAUGAAGGAACUGACUCUCCACCAGACCUAGGAGAUGUUGUCGUUGUUAUAAACAGCUUCAAAAGCAAAAUACUGGAAGUACAAGUACGGAAAAAGCCAGAUAAAAUCAAGGAAGAUAUCCUUUCUGAUAAAGGUGAAAAGAAAAGAGGAAUGUGGGAUUCCAUUAAAAGUUUCACAAGGAGGCUCCAUAAACAAGAAGAUAAGGAAAAAGAUGUUCUAAACAUUUUUUCAGUUGCUUCUGGCCAUUUAUAUGAACGCUUUUUAAGAAUUAUGAUGCUUUCUGUUUUACGGAACACAAAAACACCAGUGAAGUUCUGGUUUCUUAAAAAUUAUCUCUCACCAACAUUUAAAGAAGUGAUCCCGCACAUGGCUAAGGAGUAUGGAUUCCAGUAUGAACUGGUCCAGUAUAGGUGGCCCCGGUGGCUUCAUCAACAGACAGAAAAACAGCGGAUUAUUUGGGGUUAUAAGAUUCUUUUCCUUGAUGUCCUUUUUCCUCUUGCAGUGGACAAAAUCAUUUUUGUUGAUGCUGACCAGAUUGUGAGACAUGACCUGAAAGAACUUCGAGAUUUUGACUUGGAUGGAGCUCCUUACGGGUAUACUCCCUUCUGUGAUAGCCGCACAGAAAUGGAUGGAUAUCGCUUCUGGAAAACAGGAUACUGGGCAUCACAUCUUCUAAAAAGGAAAUACCAUAUCAGCGCCUUAUACGUGGUGGAUCUCAAGAAGUUCAGGAGAAUUGCAGCAGGUGACAGGCUCCGGGGCCAGUACCAAACACUCAGUCAAGAUCCAAACAGUCUUUCAAACCUAGAUCAGGAUCUUCCCAAUAAUAUGAUUUACCAAGUUGCCAUCAAGUCUCUUCCCCAAGAAUGGUUGUGGUGUGAAACCUGGUGUGAUGAUGAAUCCAAGCAAAGAGCCAAAACAAUUGAUCUGUGCAAUAACCCCAAAACAAAAGAACCUAAACUAAAAGCUGCUGCCAGGAUUGUCCCAGAAUGGGUGGAGUAUGACACUGAGAUACGGCAACUGUUAGAUCACCUUGAAAACAAGAAGAAAAGUGCAGUUUUGACACAUGAUGAACUCUAGCACUGGCUUGUGUAAGAUGAGAAAGUGUGACAAGAAAUCUGCCACCUGCUGGGGAAAUGUGGAACUACUUCCAAGACUUGUCAAAGUUUCAUUAAGGAUCAGUGACAUCUCCGAUUUAAAUUAUAUUAAUUAUUUAAAAGUAACAUGUAUUUAAUGUAUUGAAUAAAUUUAAGUUAUAUAUUGUAA